AUGGCGUAUCUGGCAUCUAUCCACCGGCCCAGCAGCGUCCGGCACGCGCUGAAGCUGAACUUCCUCAGCCCCGACGACGAUACUCUUGUAAUAGCANAGGCCAACCGCCUCGAGUUCUACGCCCAGCAACAAGACGGCCUCGUACUACAGCACUCAAAGGCCAUCUACGGCAAGAUCAUCAUGCUGCAGACCAUCCGCCCCCAAUCCUCCCAGACCGAUCACCUAUUUGUCGGAACCGAUCGAUACAUGUACUUUACUCUUUCAUGGGACCCCACUACCAAGCAAUUACGAACCGAGAAGAGUUUCAAAGAUUUGUCGGAUAGAGCAGCAAGAGAAGCACAACUUGGAGAACGAUGCAACAUCGAUCCCACACGGAGGUACAUGACAAUCGAGAUCUACGAAGGAAUUGUUUCCGUCGUCCCCAUCGCACACGAAACAAAGCGCAAGUCAAUCUCCCAGGCCCAGCUAGGAGAUAUUGGCGAACCAGCCUCUGUCAGGAUACCCGAGCUUAAUGUACGAUCAUCGACAUUCUUGCACAGGAGGAGUGAGAAGGCGAAGCCACAACUAGCUUUGCUCUAUGAGGAUUCUAUGGGAAAAGUCCGCCUGAAAGUCCGCGAUCUCGACUACUCUCCAGCGUUAAAGUCCAACGAGCCGGGAUCAGCAGAACUCGAAAAUGAGCAAGACGCAGACGAAGAGCUCGAUCUGGGUGCCAGCCAUCUUAUACCUCUGCCUCACCCAGCUUAUGGCGUACUUGUCCUGGGAGAGACGACUAUUUCAUAUUGCGAAGAAUUCGACGGCAGAAUGCGCAAAACUGCAAAGAGUGAACCUCUCAAAGAGGCCACCAUCUUUGUCGCCUGGACGCAGAUUGACGAUCAGCGCUUCGUCCUCGCAGACGAGUAUGGUAAGCUAUACUUGCUGAUGGUGACGUUGAACAGCAAACAUGAUCUCGAGGGCUGGAAGUUGGACGUGAUUGGUGAGACUUCACGAGCAUCCACCCUCGUUUACUUGGAUGCAGGCCGCAUCUUCGUGGGCUCGCAUCAAGGCAACUCUCAACUCAUCCAAAUCACUCCUGGCUCUAUCGAGAUUCUACAGACUUUCCCCAAUAUCGCGCCCAUCCUCGAUUUUACCGUCAUGGACAUGGGCAACCGCUCUUCUGAGGCUCAGGUCAACGAGUACUCUUCCGGACAGGCUCGUAUCGUCACUGGCAGUGGUGCCUUCAAAGAUGGUAGUCUCCGCAGCGUCCGAAGUGGUGUUGGUUUGGAAGAUCUUGGUUCUAUUGGUGAGAUGGAAAACAUCACCGAAGUCUUUAGCCUGAAGUCAAACCCUGCACUCGAAUUUGUAGACAUACUGGUUGUGUCUUUUAUCGCACAUACACGAGUGUUUAACUUCUCGGCUGAUGGUGAUGUCGAGGAAGUCGACAACUUCAAUGGCAUGGAUCUGUCACAAAGUACUCUGUUCGCUACCAAUCUUUCCAAGGGUAGGAUCCUGCAGAUCACCGCUUCUGCCGUCCAUGUUGUUGACCCCGAGAGCGGCAUGAGUCUGGACAGCUGGUCGCCCGAGGGUGGCUCUUCCAUCGCUGCAGCUUCGACAGCAGACAACAAUAUCCUGGUUUCUGUUAGCGGAGUCGGUCUUCACAUGCUCGACGUAUCUGGCGACAACAUCAAGGUAACGGCAUCGAGAAAGUUUGACAGCGGUUCACAAGUCGCAUGUAUAUCGUUGUCACCCACGUUGCGCAACACCUGUGUCGUUGGCUUCUGGCAAGACGCAAGUAUAUCGUUGCUCGACACUUCUUCUUUGAGAACCAUUCAUUCGGAGACGGUUGAUGAAGAGAGCACAGCAGUUCCUCGUUCAUUGCUCAUCGCUCCAAUUCUGGAAGGCUCGUUACCGACCCUAUUUAUCGGCAUGGCGGAUGGCAAUGUCGUAACUUAUUCGAUCGAUCCUAGCACCAACACUCUUUCAUCAAAGAAGAGCAUAAUUCUCGGCACACAACAGGCUAGCUUCAAAGCUUUGCCCAAGGGCGACGGGCUGAACACUGUGUUUGCAAUCUGCGAGCACCCAAGUCUGAUAUAUGGAUCAGAGGGUCGCAUUGUAUAUUCUGCCAUCACAGCCGAAGAUGCUACAUGUGUAUCACCUUUCGAUACCGAAGCUUUCCCUAACGCUAUUGCGAUCGCCACAGCUACCGAACUCAAACUUGCUAUCGUGGAUGAGGAGAGAACGACUCAUGUACAGACUCUACCAGUCAAUGAGACGGUCCGAAGGAUUGCAUACUCAGCCGACUUACGUGCCUUUGGUUUAGGGACAAUCAAGCGCACCAUCAAGGACAGCUAUGAACACAUUGAGAGUCAUUUCAAGCUCGUGGAUGAGGUUGCAUUCCAAGAGUUGCACACUUUUGCUUUGAACCAAGAGGAGCUAGUCGAGAGUUGUAUUCGUGCCAAACUGGAUGACGGCUCGGGUGAUCUUGUCGAGCGAUUCGUCGUAGGCACAAGCUAUAUCGAAGAAGACACGGGAGACACACCCAAGGGUCGCAUCUUGGUGUUUGAGGUCACGGACGACAGGCACCUCAAGCUUGUGGCCGAGCAUGCAGUCAAGGGAGCAUGUAGGUGUCUAGCAAUGUGCGAGGGUCGCAUUGUGGCUGCUCUCGUCAAGACGGUAAGUUUUCAAGGAGUUACACUUAUAGACCAUCUACUUACAAAUCACAGGNUCGUGAUGUACAACUUCAAGUACGAGACGGCGAGUCGACCAUACCUCGACAAGGUCGCCAGCUAUCGAACAUCCACAGCACCAAUCGACAUCUCGGUGACAGGAGACAAGAUCGCUAUCGCAGACUUGAUGAAGAGCAUCUCCGUCGUGCAACACAAGAAAGGCACAAACGGUCAAGACGAUACCCUCAGCGAGGUCGCCCGCCACUACGACACCACAUGGGGCACAGCUGUCGCCAACAUCUCACCCAACACCUACCUCGAAAGCGACGCCGAAGGCAACCUUCUCGUCCUCAACCAAGAUACAAACGGCUUCUCAGACGAAGACAAGCGCCGCCUACGCGUCCUCUCCGACAUGCAGCUCGGCGAAAUGGUCAACCGUAUCCGCCGCAUCGAUGUGCAACCAACCCCCAACGCCAUCGUCAUCCCCUCAGCCUUCCUCGCCACCGUCGAAGGUGCCAUCUACCUUUUCGCCACCAUCGCUCCUCAACACCAAGAUACACUUAUGCGUCUGCAAGAAAACAUGGCUGAAAAGGUCAGCAGUCCUGGUAAUGUGCCAUUCAAUCGUUACCGCGCGUACAAGACUUCUGUGCGCGAGAGCGAGGAGCCGAAUCGCUUUGUUGAUGGCGAGUUAAUUGAGAGGUUCUUGGAUUGCGAUGAGCAGUUGCAGGAAGACAUUGUUCAGGGCUUGAGCGUUGAUGCUGAAGAGGUCAGGGGUAUUGUUGAGGCAUUGAGGAGGUUGCACUAG